CGACCCUAAUGAAGUAUUAUGUGUGAGAUCCAUUACUGAACACUUGUGGUGUGGAAAGUCAUGCUAGCAGAAACAAAACAUUGUCAUUUUCCUGCUCUGUGGUACAACAAGAGAUGCUGUUCUCUCCUGUGUUUCUAACCCUAUGUACCUCUUUCCCCGGCAGCUUGGCAUCACCAUCACACUCUCACACGAACAAGAACCUCUGGGAACUGCUGGGCCACUGGGUCUGGCAAGAGAGAUACUGGAAAAGGAUGCUGAGCCUUUCUUUGUUCUGAACAGUGACGUCAUCUGCAGCUACCCCUUCAAGAAGAUGUUAGAACUACACCACUCGCACGGGAAGGAGGGAACCAUUGUGGUGACAAAGGUGGAGGAGCCAAGUAAGUAUGGCGUGGUGGUGUACAACCCAACCAGUGGGCAGAUUGACAGGUUCGUGGAGAAACCGAAGAUCUUUGUCUCCAACAAGAUCAAUGCCGGCAUAUACAUCUUCAGCCCAACUGUCCUCAAGAGAAUACAGGUGAAGUUUAUGUCACUGGAGAAAGAGGUGUUUCCAUUCAUGGCUCAGGAUGGACAGCUGUUUGCCUUCGACCUGGAGGGGUUCUGGAUGGACAUUGGUCAGCCAAAGGACUUCCUGCGAGGGAUGGCUCUCUACCUGUCCCACGUGAGACAGACGUCUCCAGAGAGACUGGCCGAGGGAGACUCCUUUGUUGGAAAUGUCCUCGUGGAUCCAUCAGCUAAGAUUGGUCAGGGCUGCAGGAUCGGUCCCAGUGUCGUCAUUGGACCCAACGUCAUCAUUGAAGAUGGUGUUUGUCUAUCAUCAUCCACUGUCCUGAGGGGUGCACGUAUUUGCUCUCAUGCCUGGGUCCAGUCCAGUAUAAUAGGGUGGCAAUCAGUUGUGGGGAAGUGGGUGAGGAUGGAGAGUGUGUCAGUACUGGGUGAAGAUGUCAUCAUUCAGGAUGAACUGUAUGUCAAUGGAGCUCGCAUCUUGCCUCACAAGAACAUCACUGUCUCCAGUCCUGACCCUCAAAUUAUCAUGUAGAUUAUAUUUUUUCAAGAUAAUAAUUAUAGUACAAAUUCAAUGAUUGAUGUUAAUUACCCAUGCUAUGCAUCACUGUAUAACAUG